UGUACUUGCACAAGGCCACAUUGUGUCCACCUUCUUUUUGUGAUGCUUAGAGUCUUCAAACUCAAAGAAAAUGAUCCUCUGUUAUGGACUCAAAAAUUGAAAAACUUUGAGGUGGAGAAGUUGCUCUCCAAGUUCCAUGCUCGAGUGAAGUCACGUUUACAAAAGGACAUGAAUGCACAGAAAACAUCUCGAGCCAAGGGCCAGAGAAGCACACCACCAACAACACCUUGUACAAACAGUUUGGGAGGGUUACCCCAGGCACGUGAAGAUGAAGAGGUGUGCCCAAUUUGCUUAUUGGAAAUGGUGGAGGGGGAAAGCUUGACAAGUUGCCAAGAUGGUUGCCAUAACAGACUUCAUCAGCAUUGUAUGGAAAUAUGGGCUGCUGAAUGCAAGAGACAGCGAGAGGCAUUGUUUUGUCCACUCUGUCGCAAGAUUUGGUCAUCACCUUCAAAUAUCUGUAGCCCUAAAAGAUCUCCAGAUCACAGUAUACGAUCUGAACUACCCAGUGUACCAGCACCCUUAGGCCCUGAGGAAAUCACACUACCACACUCAAACCCAGUACCAGCAGCACAGGUGGAACUGGCCAAACCAUGGAUUGAGGCAUUUGGUGAAAAUCUUGUGUGCUGUUUGUUUUCCCGUGAAUGGAAUGUGAGAGAGACAGCUCUUCGCCGUUUAAGUAAAGACAUCAACACAAUAUUUAUGGAAGGAAGUAGUUCACAAAACAUGACAGCCUUUGAAGCUUGCUGUUCUCUGUUGUCCAUGAUGUGUGGGGACCCUGUGUACCGAGUGUAUGUGGCUGCUCUGGUAUGUAUCUUUACUAUCUUUUUGCACGUGUCUUCGAAACAAGAGAAACAUCAUCUUCAGAAAUGUUUGUUUGACGUAAUUGAAGCUGUUUUAGCCAAGUGUGCGGACUCCAACAGGCGUAUUAGUGCAUUGUCAAUCCAAGUUCUUUUGGAACUCUGCAAGGAUGAGAAUGGGGAUUUGGCAUUAGGCAAGAUGCUCGGCGCUGAACAUGUGCCUCAGCCUCUGGGAGGUUUAAACUUCAUUUUAUCCUGCAUACUAAGGACUGCAGCUGAAUAUUCAACUUGGCCGUGGUGGCUUGGGCGGCUGAUGUUUCUGCGAAAGUUAAUGGAGGAGUAUGUCACGGAGUUUGAGCUUUCAGAUGAUUGUGUUUCUGUUCAAAUGGAUACAGCUGGUGUUCUUGUUCAGGGCAGAGGGAACAAUGCUUGUGAAGACCCAAGUGAAAUUUAUCAAAGUAACGUCCGCCGCCUGAUGUCGGUGUUGAAGUUUACCAUGCAAGCUGCAAACUGUUCCCAUAGCAAAGUCAGCAAACUGGCCAUCGCUGUUCUUACGUGUUGUAUGUCAUUAUCUUAUUGUGUACCCUCAGCUCAACAACACAUUAAGAAAGUGGUUUCCAAACUGAAGCCCUCUCAACGCAGUUCGCUUAAUCGUCAGCUUCAAGCGAUUCCCAGGGCUAGUGUGACUACAGUGAGUCGCAGUGAUUCUGUUUUUACUUAUGAAUCGCAAACAAGUAUGGAUCCACCGUCUUCUACCUCCAGUAACCGGGACUCAGCCAUCGGCAGCUUGCCUUCAGCCAUGUCCGAUGACGAGGCAGAUAAUUUUUCAGAGUCAGAGCUUCUUCAGGCUAUUGUAGACAACUUCGAGAGACCACAGUCCUUGUGUCUAUCGCCUUCAUUUACCUUCUCCCCCAAUGAGGAGGUUAAUCUUGAUUGGUCCAGAUCUCUGGAGGACUCCCCAAGAAUGCCCCCAGUGAAGCUGGCUGUUGGUAAGAAGUGCCAGGAGAUCAUCGCACAGGAAGAAGCAGAAGCUAUGGCUAAAGCUAUGGCUGUCUCUUCUCUAGACUCUGGGCCUUUCAGGAUACCAAGCUUGGAUUCGGGUGAUGAGAUGGUCAUCAUUUUUACUCAGCCAGAGUCUCUGGAAAAGGCAGUCAAUUCUAAACACCUUUAUCUGGAAGGAGUUCAUUGGAAGAAAGGAGAACUGUUAGGGACUGGGGCCUACUCAUCUUGCUAUGCUGUCAGAGAUCUUAUGAAUGGGUCCCUUAUGGCUGUCAAACAGGUUUCCUUUUGCCGCAAUUCAGUGGAAGAUCAGACCAAGGUUACACAGACCAUUGAGGAUGAGAUCUCUCUGUUAGGAAGACUACAGCAUCCACAUCUGAUUAAAUGCCUCGGUGCAACGAAACACGCUGGACACUUUAACAUCUUCCUGGAGUGGAUGGCUGGUGGAUCAAUCACAAACCUUCUCAAAAAGUAUGGGCCGUUUGAUGAGAAGAUUGUGAUCAGUUAUACGAGGCAGAUUCUUCAGGGAGUGGGAUACUUGCAUCAAAAUCAAGUCAUUCACAGAGAUAUUAAAGGAGCAAACAUCUUAGUGGAUUCAACAGGCAAGAACAUUAGAAUAGCGGACUUUGGUGCUGCGGCAAGAUUAGCAACACAGUUAACAGGAGCUGGCGAAUUUCAAGGCCAGUUGCUUGGAACAGUCGCAUUUAUGGCUCCUGAGGUCCUACGUGGAGAGAGCUAUGGACGAAGCUGUGAUGUGUGGAGUGUGGGAUGUGUUGUCAUAGAAAUGGUUACUGGAAAACCGCCAUGGAACGCACAUGAACAUUCAAAUCACUUGGCUCUUAUCUUUAAGAUCGCAAUGGCCGAGUCCCCACCCGACAUACCAGAGAGCCUUAACCCAGCUCUUCGAGAUGUGCUCCUGAGGUGUUUUGAAUCAAAGCUAGACGAGAGACCGCCUGCUACGGAACUCCUUAGACAUCCACUCUUUACUCAAAUGUGAAAGGAAGUUAGCUACCAGCAUUUUUUUUUCUUUAAAUUCAGUCAACUUGAAUUACUCAAGUGGAGCUGUAAGCUUCAUUAACGCUGCGCACUCGGACAUAAGCCCGACUUGUGACCGAGUCGUUUCACUUGAUCCCGAAUUAAUUAAAAUCUUCCGGAAGGUCAUAACGUUAUGUGUGUCGUCAGCAUGUCUGAAUGCAGAGAGGCAGAGUUGGAUCCAGGAAUUUUUGAUUUAGGGGUUUGAUCUUUGAUUCAU